AUGCGCUUCACAAUCGUCAUCCUCGCCACAGCCUCCCUGGCCGCGGCCGCUCCCUUGAGCGUCUUUGGGCUUCUCACCGAGGGGAGGUCAUGCACCGGUGCCGAGUACACCUGCGGUAAGCUGUUUGACAACAAGCAGACGUACACAUGUCAGGACGGCCGUUUUAGGAAGGGCGCCAAGUGCGCAAACAGCUGUAGCAAGUCGGGCGAGGCUGUCGUUUGCGAUUUGUGA